AUGUACCUACAAUUGCAGAGCGAACAGAAAGUUCUGUCACAUACGAUGAUUAUAAAAUCGGGUGCUCUACCUAAAGAGCUAGCAGCCGUCAAAGCCUUAUUUGAUGAACACCAUCAGUGUUUACCACCGCUCAAGAGAGACACUAAUUCUUACUGCCUUGAUCGCAUCGGAACUCAUAACGUGGUUGCCACCUGUUUACCAUAUAAAGAAUGCGGUUUUAAAACAGCAGCUAAAGUCGCUUCAGAUAUAGAUAAAACUUUCCCUACACUAGAGCGUAUUUUCCUAGUAGGGAUUGGAGGAGGGAUUCCUUCUAAAGAGCACAAUAUUCGACUUAGCGAUGUAGUAGUCGGCACAGGCAUCAUCCAGCACGACAUAGGUAAAGCAAUGCAGAAAGAUUCUAGACUUCUAAGGACAGGGUUCACGCAACGACCCAAUACAUCGCUGAGAACCGCAAUCAGCAAACCUUACUGCCAGGAUACGAAAGACCCCAAGAAGAUCGAGACAGAUCAUUUGAAGGCGGUUUUCAUCAUGAAGAAGGACAAAAUACAUGUCAAAGCUGCCGAGGGCCUGAAGUCAUCAGGGAAUCUCGGACGCCAAGGCCACACGUUCAUUACGGUAUCAUCGCCUGCGGAAGUCAAGUUGUAA